AUGAUUUUAUUAUUUUUAUUAUUUAAGUUAAAUUAGAAAUACAAUUAAAACAAUAGAUCAUUUUGUACGAAAGAGAGUAGGAUUCGAAUUUCUUAGGAGAAAUAGAAAUAUGAUGGAAAUAAUUUUGUAAAUCAAUUAAAGAGGGUAGAGUCGAAGUUAUUUUAUGAAACACUAUCUACUGUUUUUAGGUAAUGUAAUGAUUACUAUAACUUAAAAUCUUAAAUGACAGAUCAAAUACUUAUGCUUUAAAUCAGGAAAAAAAAUAGACAAAGCACUUUCAACUGAUAGACAGCUGUUAUUUUUGUUCCAAUCAGAUCUUUAAUUGUAGGAUUGAUUAUGGC